AUGGCCAAAGCUGUCCAACCUUCUCACCAGAACGUGGCUAAGGACGAGCGUCGAGGCCUCCUGAAACUCCCGGACGAACUCCUACUUCAAGUCCUCAGGUCCGUCCAGCUAAAUGACGCGAAGUCUCUUAGACUCACGAGCAAACAACUUCGACCUCCAGCAACCUCACGCCUUUUCGAGACGCUUGCAGUCACCAAAGUGGACCACUCAAUCAUCGUCAAGUUAAAGGAUAUCGCGGACAGCAGAAAUCUGGCGCAGGAAGUGAAGCAGAUGUCAAUACGUCCAAAGGUCAACUCCGCGCGUGGCUAUGAGGCCGAGCGCGGCUUACUCGAAAGCUUAUCCGACCUACUUGCGCGAUUCACGAAGGUCAAAUCGGUCGAGGUCUCGCUGGCUGAACUAGGCCGAGUGCGGUUCGGGCAUUUCCGCACAGCUCCUGGUCCUAGUGAGAACCAAGGCCACCCCUGGGAAAUGCUCUCCUUCCUCUUCAGGUCUCUCUACGUCGCGCGGCAGAUGUGCAAACAGAACAACUUGCAGCGCUUGAAGCUCGUCCGUAUCCCGCCGAUCGAGAACCCCCUGACAGAUAUGUCCGCCUUCGCGUACGUCAUGGAGAACUUAUCAGAAAUCCAUCUAAUAAUCGACCCGUGGUACGUAGACAGGGAAGACACGGUAGACGUUUUAGGUUCGGAUUUUCCGGACCGGCCGGGGGCGCAUGCCUACAUGCAGAGCUUCGCACGCAGUUGGCUCCACCACGGCUCCGACAAACGUAAAUCGCUUGCGCUCCGAUUCGGGGACUACGCAGGCAUUUAUCCGCGACUAGACUUUGGUGACCUCAAGCAGCCACGCCUGGUCGAGCUAGAGCUGGAUCGAAUUGCGUUCAAGGACAUGGCGUUCAUCGACUGGAUCACGUCGCACGCACGCACCCUACGGAAGCUCCACAUGAUCAAUUGCCCCAUCAUCGUCAAGAUCACAACCCGCCAAGAGGUCGACUCGGACGGAUAUCCCAUCUCCAGCCAGCUUUUGCACCACAAUACACGCCAGGGAUACCAGUCUCACCUCCGCUGGCAUCAAGUCUUCGAUCGGUUCCGCAAGGAGCUGCAGCUGAACGACUUCAACUUUGCGAUCUUUGGGGUUUCAGUCCGGUCGGGGAAGCCGUGGCCACCUACUUCAAUCAUCGUGUGGCGCUACAAGGUGUAUAAGAUCGGCAAUAUCGUGGUUGAUGCCGAAGCGGAGGACGUUCACAAAGCUGCCGAGGAGAAGGACUUGCUGGCGUUGGUGAGGUUGCUUGAGGAGAUUGGACAGCACUAAGAAGUGGGGCUCUUGAUCUUGCAACCCGCAUGUGGCCAAGAGGAAUGGGCGUGAUGGAGCGGAAUGCGGCC